AUCAUCGAAUUUGGCCCGAUCAGACAUUUGGAGCUCCUCCAGGGAAGGAAGGCAGGCUUCAUUGGUAAAACCAACCAACACACCUGCUAGUGUGUGCACUGUUCCACAGCCACAGGCCCUGGCCUCUGCAGUGAUGAGAAGGAGGUUUAGCUGCCCGUGCCUGAUACUUUGCUUCACCAGAGGCUGAAGCUCAGAGUGACUCAUCAUGUCCCAGUCAGGAGAUAAGAAGCUUCCUUCUGAGACGGUGGGCUACGUGGGAUUCGCCAAUCUGCCGAACCAGGUGCACAGGAAGUCUGUCAAGAAGGGUUUUGAGUUCACCCUCAUGGUGGUUGGUGAAUCUGGCUUAGGAAAAUCCACCUUGAUUAACAGCCUCUUUUUGACUGAUCUUUAUCCAGAGCGAUACAUUCCGGGAGCUGCAGAGAAGAUCGAGAGAACGGUUGAGAUUGAAGCUUCUACGGUAGAGAUUGAGGAGCGAGGAGUGAAACUCCGGCUGACGGUGGUCGACACGCCGGGAUAUGGAGAUGCCAUCGAUAGUCAAGACUGCUUCAAGACCAUCAUCUACUACAUCGAUGAUCAGUUUGAGCGGUACCUUCACGAUGAGAGCGGGUUGAACAGACGCCAUAUUGUGGACAACCGUGUCCACUGCUGCUUUUACUUCAUCUCCCCUUUUGGUCAUGGGUUGAAGCCCUUGGACGUGGAGUUCAUGAGAGCGCUUCACGGCAAAGUGAACAUCGUGCCGGUGAUCGCCAAGGCAGACACCCUGACCCUGAAGGAGCGAGAGAGGCUGAAGCAUAGGGCCAGCAUACCAUUCUCUGUUAUCGGUUCUAACCAACUCAUUGAGGUCAAAGGAAAAAAGAUCAGAGGCCGCCUUUACCCUUGGGGUGUGGUUGAGGUUGAGAAUCCGGAACACAAUGAUUUCCUAAAGUUGCGGACUAUGUUGGUGACACAUAUGCAGGACCUACAAGAAGUGACCCAGGAUUUGCAUUAUGAGAACUUCCGCUCAGAGAGGCUGAAACGCAGCGGCCGGCCGGAGCGGGAGGAGGUGGUAGACAAGGACCAGAUCCUUCAGCAGAAGGAGGCCGAGCUCCGAAGGAUGCAGGAGAUGAUUGCGCAGAUGCAAGCCCAGAUGCGGAUGAAGCCUGGGGAUGAGUGAGGGCCUCCGUGGACAGCAGCACAAGAUACCGCGAUGCUUUGAUCGGAGCUUUGUUGUUAUCUGCUUAUGGAGCCCUGCGGGACGACGGCACGGGAUCCUGCCUGAUUUGCAAGGGAGACGCGGCUCCAUCGUUGUGAUACUUUAACCAGAACAAGAAAGAAGAGUACUAAAGCGUAGCUGGCCCAGACUCUUGCUCUUUGCCUUCUGCUAACUUGUCGUGCUUUCUCUAAUGAGGGCUUCUCGUUUCCUCCUGGCAUUUGCCUCUUUUCCAUAAAAUCACGUGUUGAUAUUUCUCUAGACCCAAGACCUCAUUGAUAUGAAAUCAUAGGAAAAAACCGCUCUCCCUCACACUGCUCGUCCCAAAGGGGGAUGGGCCACCUUGGAAAAUGGGCCUUGAUUUUCAGUUAACGACCCAUGUUGGCAUUCCCUGGUUAAACGUGUUUUCUGCCUGGUCUGAUCGUCUCUGUACCAUCAGACAAUGUUUUCACAAUUCUGCUUAUGAUAUUUUUCCACAAACAAAUCUACAAAAAAUAUGUCUAUGUACACGGAUAGAUAUCUGCAUAGAUGUCCAUCCUGCCAUGUGCUUCACAACCUAUGCUGUGUUCUUGCUUGGGGCAUCACUGGGCCCCUUCCCUCUCUUGGUCCUGUGACCCUGUGACCCUGGGCCCAGCAGGGAGACAGAGGCAGCUUAACUCAGAAUGUGGCAUCUAGCGCCUUGUGUACAACCACUCCCGGGCCUCUCGGCCAACCACCUUCAGUGCCUCAAGCAACCCCUCCCUCUUGGGAGCGUUUCCCGAGAGGUGCCCCCUCCCUCGGUGAGCUAGCUCUUUAAUGGAAAGGUGCUACACAGCUGCCUAGGGGGUGGCGUCACUGAGCUAGCCUUACUAUGCACAGCGACCUUCUGUUCUGGGCACCCUCCCGGGCCGGCCCCUCCCUCUCAAUUGAUUUCUAGGUUCACCUGCAGAAGAAAUGAUACCGUUUGGGGGAUCUUGUUUGCUUAAGACCAUUUAAAAACCUCACCAUGGACCACACACUAAUUUUGAAACGUGUCAUGUUUGUAAGUUAAGCCGACCUCCCCACUCCCAAGUGAACCUUUUUUCUUAAUCAAUCAUGUGCCUAUCCUAUCUGCUCUUACACCAUUUCCUCUUUCUCGCACUUUCCCCCGAGCUCUGGAAACAGGCAAAGCCCGGGCAUCACUGCGGACGGAACCAGGAAACAAGUCAGUCUGUAAUGUAAAGGAAAGCCCCAGACAAGCCUGGCCAGCCCUUCAGCCGCCAGGGUGGGGAUGGGGGGAACGCCAGCUUCCUGAGAACGCAUGCAGCCCCAGGACUCUUGGGACCCUGUUCUUGCGCAUAGUGCGAGCUUAGGGCCAGCCAACACUGUCCCUCUUUUGUCUUUCAUUCCUUCUUAUGUCUUCAUUUAGGUUUCUGAUCUAGGACCAUACUUGAAUGAAUUCUUCUGAACAGUAGCCUGCGGUACGUGUCUGUGCCGUGUGAAUGCCAUGGUGCUCUAACCUGAAAGCCUUCUGUGUAAUCCCACCUUCUGGGUUUUGUGGUUUUGUGGACUAUACUUAACCUUAUUAAAAAGUUUCUGUUUCA